AAUCAUUCUGAUUACCUGAUAACAGUUUCACUGUAGUUUUAGCUCGAUCCAAAAGAAUGUAUUUUCUGCUUGUUUUGCCUCUGCUCAUGCUCUCCUUCGGGGAGUGUGCAAGUGUCAACGACACACAAAGCAGACUUAUCGGUCCAAUUCCCAGUUCGAUCUCUGUGUCUAAUGGACAGAUCUGGGGAACAUGGGGAACUUCAGAGAGGUGUCCUACAGGCACCUAUGCUACAGGCUUUAGCCUCAAGGUUGAGCCACGUCAGGGGACUUUUAGAGAUGACACAGCCCUAAAUGCAAUUGCUCUUCACUGCUCUAAGCCCAAAGGCCUCAACAGUAUUGUUGGGUCCUCCACAACUAUCAAAUCUACUGAAGGAAGCUGGGGGUCUUGGUCACAGCCUUUUUGGUGCUCCAGAGGAGUACUGAAAUCUUUCCAGCUACGAGUAGAGAAAAAGCAGGGAUUGGGAGAUGAUACUGCUGCUAAUAACAUAAGGUUUCAGUGCUCCACAGACCAGGUGUUGGAAGGCAAUGGUAUGAGCUGGGGUAGCUGGGGUUCCUGGAGCCCACUUUGUGGUGGAACUGGGAUUUGCGGCAUCCAAACAAAAGUGGAGGCACCUCAGGGCAAAAAAGAUGACACCAGUCUUAAUGAUGUCCGCUUUGAUUGCUGCCGCUAAGCAUGAAUUGACAAGGCAAGAACAUGAAUGAGGACAACUACAUUUAAUAUAUAAUCAAAAUAAUGAUCUCUUUAUUUCUUAAAAAAUCACAAUUUGAAUGAAUUAUAAUAUAAAAACUUGUUGAUAUUUCACUAAUCACAAAAUGUACUCACUAAUCAUUUAAUAUUGUUUGUUAUCAUUUGCCUGUACUUUAAGGGAAA